AUCACUAUAAAUUGGAGAUUUUUCAAAUUGAAUCCAUUUUGAGGCCGAAAUGUGGGCCCCUUUAAUUGUCGCAUUAGCUGCAGGCUUCUGCUUGGGCGAGGCUUUUGUAAGCGUUCCUUUAGUGAAAUUUCACAAGGGACCCAGGCCGAUCAGUGAACUUAUAAUUUCCAAUAAACAAUACAUGAAUUUCAUCAGGCAAAAUGUUCUUUUGAACGACAGAACAACUACACCUUUGACCAACGUCAAAAAUGUCGAAUAUUUUGGAGAAAUAUCUCUUGGAACUCCCGGGCAAAAAUUUGCCGUAAUUUUUGACACAGGCUCAUCCAAUUUCUGGGUUCCGUCCGUUCAAUGCAGAUUACCGGCAUGCAUGGUACGUAGAAGGUUCGAUGAUCAAACAUCGACAACAUAUAAAGCAAAUGGGACCAGUAUUCGAAUCGCCUAUGGAUCAGGAAUAAUGCAAGGAUUUCUUUCCACAGAUACUUUGAGAAUCGGUCCGACUUCUGUUGAAAACGUUACGUUCGGGGAAGCGACACGUUUUGUGGUUAAUGGAGGUGGUUCUUUUGCUAGGUUUGAUGGUCUUUUUGGCUUGGGCUUUCCUCGUCUCGCUAAGGAUGGAGUCCGUCCUCCUUUUCAAGUGAUGAUGGACCAGGGGCUCGUUAAAGAAAAAAUCUUCUCCUUUUAUUUAAACGGAGACAGAAACGACAGCAACGGUGGAGAAAUGGUUCUCGGCGGUUGGAACGAUGACUACUUCGAUCCUGCAGAUAUCGAGUACAUCCCUCUUAGUCAGAAAACUUACUGGCAGUUCACAGUCGACAAAAUUACUGUUGGAGUGAGCGGUCCUCCUCGCCCGCAGUUACAAGUUGGACCAAAGAAAUUUGAGGCCAUAGCGGACACCGGCACCUCGCUUAUUAUCGGCCCGGCACACGAGGUUUCAAAGCUGCAUGUAGCCAUGGGAGUUACAGAGCGAAACAAUUUGGGAUAUGUUGACUGCAACUCAACUGACCGUCUUCCUUCCGUCAGUUUCUACAUCAAUGGCAAACCUUAUACAUUACAACCUCGUCAAUAUGUCCAUAGUUAUACUUUUUACCGUACCAAAGUAUGUAUAACCGGAUUUUCGGGCUUACCCGGCCUCUCCCAAUCCUGGAUCUUCGGGGACAAUUUCCUACGACAUUUUUACACCGUCUUCAACGUCGAACGGGAAGCUGUCGCAUUUGCACCUCUCAAGAAGAACAGACGUCAUCAUUAAACUAUAUUCAUUUGAAACAACUAUUUUUAUUUAAAGUAAAAGAAGUACUAUUAUGUACAGUAAAUGUUUGAAAUUUUUAUGGUUACCAACUAGAUUCUGUUUCAUACUAACGGCUAAAUUUAAUAAAUCUAAUAUCCAUGUAUCUCUACUUUAGAAAUAAUUUAGAAUUCUAUUUUGAUAAUUUAAAGAGGUACAAAUUGAUUUUGUAUUUAGAUACGAAAUUGAACACGAAUAAAUGUGAUGUUAAAGGAUCCAUCAACAGAUUAAAUAUAAACAGCCCACUUAUCUUACAA